AUGCAGCACCGCACACAGUCGGCGGCGCGGGCGUUUCCAAACCGCGGACGGCCGUCCCAGCGCUACAGAAACGUCCAGGCACUGCUCGUGCACUGGGGAUCCGACGACUUGUUUGUCCUUCCCGAGCUCGAGGACCUCGAAAAGUGUCUGCGCGAGGACUACGCCUUUGGCACCGACAUCUUCUCCAUCCCCUCGGAAAACUCCCACCUCGAGCUCAUGAUGAGGAUUGGCCAGCUCAUCAAGGACCACGAGUCACCCGACACCCUCUUCAUCGUCUACUAUGGCGGCCAUGCCCGGAUUGACGAGUCGAGACAGAGCACCUGGUGCGCCACGCGAGAGCACGACUCGCCUUGGUUACAGUGGUCCGCCAUUCAGACGUUGCUGGAACGGUCAAGAUCCGACGUCCUCAUCCUCCUAGACUGCUGCGCCGGGGCCGCCAGCGCAACGUUUCCCACAGGCAACAGCAUCACGGAGACAAUAUCGGCAUCCAGCUGGGACGCCAUUGCCCCUGAUCCCGGGAGGUACUCAUUCACAAACGCCCUCAUCGAGGUCCUUCAAGAAUGGCGACACCGAGCCUUUUCCGCUGCCAUGCUCCACGCCGAGGUGCUUGCUCGCCUCAAGCAUCCCAGGCCCGUCACAAUCAACGGUAAGCACUUUGAGGCACGCUCGACACCUGUCCACUUCAUGAUGACGGCCAACCAUAAAGCGCCUAGCAUUGAGCUGUCCAGGGCGAUGCCGGUGGAAAAGAGGUCUCUUUCAGUCCCUACCAUUCCUCAUCUGGAUCCGGAAACCAUGGGUGGUCCUGUCGGCGGCAAUGAAUUUGCGGCAUCUGCUGGACGGGCCGCCAGCCCUGCUGAUGCUUUGGCGGCAGCUUCUGUCCCGAGCGAGCCCAACGAGGACACUCCUCAUGUCAUGAUAUCAUUGGCUUUGGAAGAGGAUCAGAGACUGGAUAUCAAUGCCUGGGAACAGUGGCUCAAUGCCUUUCCCGCCAUGGCCCGGUACGUCAAGAUCCAGGGCGUCUUCAAGAGCCACUCCACCCUGGUCUUGGUCUCCAUGCCCGUCAUGAUCUGGGACCUGCUGCCAGAGGAUCCGGCAACUUCCUUUGUUGCCUUUAUUCGCUCCAACAACAUAGCAGCUCAGAAGCCUCAGCCGACGCCAAUUGCUACUUCUGUACCAGCUCCCCACGUCCAGUCGAGAACGAUAGACCCAGACACGACCUCCGUCAUGACCGGGACGACCGUUGCGCCCACUGAGUUCAGUCGCCUUGGCGGGCAGUUCAGGAGCUCAUUCAGCUUUGCCCCUGCGCGAGACACCGGGUCGGCCCGGCAUGCACCUCCCUCCAGCCUGUCCGGAACGCCACAAGCAGGGCCAGCUUCGUCGUCACCUCCGUCGGGCCGACAACUGGCACCUUUUCCGAGAUCCCUGAGCUCGACAGCCUCUUUCCCCGUCACCCAUCCGAAUUCAUCAUCGCUCAGCACAAGCACCAGCCCCAUGAUAUCCAGACAGAUGAUUCUGAACCAACAGCAAUCGCAAAGACGUACUACAUUUGGCGGUACCGACGUGCCUGAACCUCAGAGCUUCGCCCCCCAUGUCGAGAAGCGUCUAGAGGAAUACUACCAGAAGCAGCCCUUCCCAAAUGACAGCGAGAGCGCUUUCCUCGCUUCUAACCUUGGAAUAGAGCCUUUUCACCUCGGACUUUGGUUUCAUCACCGGCGCGAGCGGGAUCUGGUUACGGACCGACUGGCCAGCAUGAAAGUCGGGGACACGCCGUCUAGCGAGGGCGGCGGCCCGCUGUUGAUCUUGCCGGCCGAUCUCAACAGACUCCUCGAAAUAUCCUUGCCCGGCCAAACCCUCAUCUUUGAUGUCCGGCCGCCAUCAGAGUAUCAACGAUCGCACAUUCGCGACGCCAUAAACCUUCGUGUUCCUCAAAACUUUAUCAAAAACGCUUCGCCCGAGAUGAUUGGCCGUACCAUCUCCGACGAGCAAGGCCACGAUGCCUUUUCCAGGUGGAAGGACGCGAGAUGCAUGGUGUUUUACUCCCGUGGAUUGGAGAGUCCAUGGGAGUGUCCCUCUGCAACCGCUUUACUGCAUAAGCUGUCCGAGUUUGGCUGGACAGGCAGAAGCUUUGUUCUCAAAGGCCACUAUCGCGAGUUUAGUGCCUCCUUUGGCCAACACAUCGUAGACAGCAAGAGGAGCCUUGAGACGGGCAGCCCCGAGCAGCAAAGCAGACCCAAGGAAGCUGCUGUCGAUCCAGCGCAGAACCAGGAGCAAUAUGCUCAAUGGCUUGCCCAUGUAGAAGCUGAGGAUCGAUCACGCACGAUUACAUCCUCUCCCACACGGACUGCGGAUAGAAUGGAAUUCGUGGAGAGCCAGGAGCAAGAGUUGGAGGCGGAACUGAUGGCUCGCUGCGGCGACCUGUACCGAAAGAUACAAGACGUCCAGGCGGAUCGCAGGGACUCCUCCUCACGUUACGACGACAGCUUUGACAUCAUCAAGGCGCCAAUGGUGGAAUAUCUCGAUCGCGGGCUGAGCAAAGUGCGCGGCCAUCAGCCAUCGCCGGCGCAACAAUUGCCGGCCAGUUCCAAGCUCGCUGCCGAGGGCUACUUUGAUCGAGCCCCUCAGGACAUGGAAGACGUGGAUGAUUACGUUGAUGUUCCCAAGGGCAGCGGAUCGGCAGGCCAGGCGCGCUCAUCAUCUGGGGUGCAGGCCUCGGCGGAUAAGGGGAGUCCCAGCGAGGAGCCCCUUCGCAGGGGACGCGGAGGGGGGAUACUCAAUAAGGUGUUGUUUCGGCGGACAUAG